AUGUCAGCUGGAAACAUGACAUUUGUGAAGGACUUUUUCAUUGUUGGUUUUCCUGGACUUCAUCCUAAGUACUAUGUCCUUGUAUCUACAGUUAUGUUCUUAGUUUAUGUGUGCACUUUAAUAGGGAAUGGAAUUUUUCUUCUUUUGUUUGCAACAAAAAAAAGUCUCCAUAAACCCAUGUAUUAUAUUUAUAUAAGUCUUGUGUUGUCUGAUGUGUUGUUCAGUACAAGCACCUUGCCAAAGAUCAUUGCUAGAUAUUGGUUCCAAGAUGGGACCAUUUCUUUUGCAGCUUGUUUUUUUCAGAUGUACUUAGUGCAUUAUUUUGGUACAGUCAAUUCAUACACACUAGCCGUAAUGGCAAUAGAUCGAUAUAUAGCAAUUUGCUACCCAUUUCGUUACUAUACUAUUAUGUCAAAUAGAAAUAUAUUAAUUCUGUCCACAGCAGUCUGGAUUUUUGCUCAUUCUUGCGUUAUAAUGAUGGUUGUUCGGGCUUACCCCCUCCCUUAUUGUGGAGCCAACACCAUUUUACACUGCUAUUGUGAUCAUGUAUCUAUUACCCGACUUGCAUGCACUGACAGGACUCCAUAUAGUUUUCCGGCUUUUGUUUAUGCCAUGGUAGUAUUGCUGGGAUCUCUUGCCAUUAUUGUGGUCUCAUAUUCCUUCAUUAUUUUAGCUGUCCUACAAAUAUCAAGUACACAGGGGCGGCUAAAGACUUUCUCUACAUGUAGUUCUCAACUCAUUAUAAUUGCACUCUUUUUCUUACCAAGGUGUUUUAAUUACUUGGCUGCCUAUGUAGGUAUCCUAUUUAAUGCUGACUUGCAAAUAGCCCUCAUCAUGCUGUAUAGCCUUUUACCUCCAAUGAUAAAUCCUUUACUGUAUAGUCUAAAAACAGAAGAAGUUAAGAAGAUCUUUAUAAGAAAAUUUAAAAAAGGUGAAGUUAGCUUGACCUAAUUUGUCAGAUCUUGAAAUAUAUUAUUAUACAUAUGGACUGUGCUAUUAUGUUCCUGUGUUUGUAUUGCAAUUACAUCUACACAUGAUGUCUGACUUCAGCAGAUUGUAAUCAAAAGUUGAAUGAUUUGAGUACUGAGAAGAAAUCCCAAAAUCUGUUAAAGCAUAUAUAUCAAUGGCUACUUUGAAAUGGGCAGGUAAAGAAACACAGUAUCUUGUCAUGAUCAUACAACAAAGGAUUAAAUCUCAAAGGUUGAAUUUAUUUUGCACAAGGUGGACAAGGCCUAGUAUUUUCCAUGCUUUAACAUACCUAAUUCAAUUUACUCUAAGCAUGAAAAGUUUGGGUGUUUUUCAUCCUAAAACAAAUUUGAUGAUAAUAUACUGUAUUUCCUUUAUUGAUUCUGU